CCACUCCCGCAUGGAAUGCUGGGAAGUAAACUGAGACUGUCCCGUACGAGGUAACAAAAUUCAAUAUGGCUGCCGUGAUGUGGAAAAAAAGACGGUGGACCAGGAAACACUCUCCAGCAUGUAGUAACGGGCUGUAGAAACCGCAUUCCCACCUUCCUGAGGACCACAAGGACACAGGGUAGUGUACUGUAGUCAUGGGGUCCCAGACACUCGAGAUUCUGAGGCAGGGGGUGUGGGCUUCUUUGACGGGAGGCUGGUUCUUCGACCCGCACCAAGGCAUCUUCUGCAACACUUUCCACCUGUACCUGUGGUUGUUUCUUCUCUGUUUCCCCUUCACCCUCUACUUGGCCUUCCCUCCAUCUGUGGUGGUAUGGACAAUAUACUGUGGCAUUGUGGGGGUCCUCUUCACAACCAUCAAAGUCAUCAACUAUCGCCUGCACCUGAUGUUUGAUGGUGGCGAGGCUGUGGCUAAGGCUAAAGGUGGUGAGGGAGGAGCUAUUGAGGACAGCACCAGGGAUGCCAACGGUCUGGAAGAUGUGGCAGCAGAUGCCAGAAGUGUCAGUAGUCACCAAGACCAGCCUGAUGCACAGAAAAGUGAGGAGGGUAUAGAGAUGAAGGUGAUGCAGACUUCAGAAAACACCAUAACGCCACCUUUGGCCUGCAGCUCCAGAAAUUCUUUUGCUGAGCCUCAUGAAUCUAAGGAGGUUCUAGCAGAGCUGGAGACAAUAAAAAGUACAGAAGACCUGCAGGAAGACCCGGCCCAGCUGCAGCCAGUGUUACACCACUCCGUCCUGGAGGCCCUGCAGAAGAUCAAUGACAUGACCCUCAGCAGCGACCUGCAGCUGGACCAGCCUCCUGCAGGCUCCACAGAUUACAUCCCCAUGACAACCAUCACUGCCAAGUCCCCAGCAGUUGUGGAUGGUGAUGGUGGCCCAGAGGAACAGAAGGACUCCAGUAAGGAUGGUCCUCCCCAGCCUGGUGACCCUCACCAUGACCAACCAGCCAGUCCUCAGAAAGAGGAGCUCAACACAGAAGUCACCUCAAGUCUAACUAGCCAGAACACUUCUCUGGAGAUGGUGUCAGCUGAAGAUGCAUCUCCCGUCGCCAUGCCAACAGGCUCCACCCAUGAGCAGCCGGCCAUUUUGAAGGAGGCAAGGUCACAGGAUCCAAUCAGGGAGCAGUACCUCCCCAUUCCCAGCAGUGGUAACACGCCAUUGGACGAGGACAAGCCAAUCACGGAACAGGAGAAAGAUGCGGACACGAAGGAUUCUGGCUGUGGCUCUGAUGCUGGAGGGGAGCAGCCAUUGGCUACUAGCUCCCCUGUAGGUGCAACCCCAACAGAUACUGAAACUCUCCCAGUUAACACUGAGGAAGAUGAAACCACGCCAACAGAAGAGACUACAAUCCCCAGUGAGACAGAUGUAGAGUUGAACUCUGAAGCACACACAGAGCCCACACAAUCUGAAACUGAAGACUCCGCUGAUGUGAUAAGCCCCGCAGAAAUAGAGAUUAUUAAUGAAACGAUGGAGAAAUUCCAAGAGAUUCAAGCCUCAGCAGACGAAAAGGUCUCCUCAUUAUUAGAUAUUGUAGAGAAACUAGGAUCAGUGGGGGAGGAGACAAGGAAAGCUGUAGACUUGGGAGCUGAGGGCGGGUUCCCUCCUCCCUUGGUAGAGGACCCCUGUAAGAUGACAGUGUCCGACCUAUCCUUAGAGAAAGACAACUUAAGUAAAAUACGUCCUCACAAACCUCUGACCAGGUUGUACCCCAAGGAGAGAGAUCCUCUGAGCAUACAGAGGACUCGAGGGGAUGGGGGGCUCGACCUGGAGAGCACCCAGUCCAGCCUUGAGCUCCCCAGUCACAAAGUGUCUACAGAACAGUUGAAGGACCAUGUCACCUCUGCUAGCUCUCCUAAUGUGAGCACAGAUAAUAAGUCCGUCAGGCCAAAGUCAGCCGGGUCAAGUAGUCUUAAGAAACGAACCAGUCGGACGCGCCCCAAGCUUGAGAAGUUGCGCGCUGCUAGCUUAGACACCAGUGUUACACUAAGUGACGCUCUCGGAGGUCGGACUAGUACCAGCUCCAUUCCAACUGGCUCGAGGGAAAUUGAACUGAAGACAUUUAGAAUACUGAGAGACCAGGAUUCUACCAUCCCUGACCAGGACAGGGCAGAGGUAGAGUUUUCUCGCCUGUCAAGUCAGUCCUCCAGCACACGGUCCAGCGAUCGUCCGUUGAUCAGGCGGACUUCAGAAACCAGUGGUGACAGCAGCUCGUGGGCAGCAACAACAGACCCGCUACUUCCGGCAUCCUCUCAUGCAGAGAGUGCCGGAGCAGCUGAAGACAAGAGCAAGUCUGCGACAAAGCUGGACUCGAAGAGGAAAAGGAGGCCCAAGUCAAAGUCGGACCUUGAAGCAAAGGGUAGAGAUGUAGAAAGUAAUGCUGCAGCGCUGGAGGCUUUAUCAAGGGUGGGGGCAAUAAAAGUUAAAGACGCAAGUGGAAGCAGUCGUGCACAGAACAAUGCAAGUGGUUUGAACUGGUUAUUCACACCAGAUGAGGAAGAUGACGAUGAUGAUGAUGAUGACGACGAUGAUGAUGAUAUGGAUAAUUCCACGUUAGAUUCACAAUCCAGGUCAGUCUCAGCGGAGACCACUAGCACUGUCAGGUCAGAGGAUAGUGAGGUUCCUGUAGCAAUACCAAGUCACUCACGGGCGAGCGAAGGGGCCAUUCCCAAGCGUAGGUCAACCUCCAGUGCUGGGGGCUCACGUCGAAGGGGCCACAGGGAAUCAGGGUCGUCACCCCGAAGGAUAUUGGAUGAUCGUGGGCUCGGGCUGCUGGACAGCCCGUCAGACAGCCCCUCCACGCGGCUCACUAAGGUACUGCAGCGUGUCCUGGCAGAGGAGACCGACCAUCUGGAUAUAACUGAUAUAGGACCAACCACCCGUAGUAGGCAUCGUUCGUCUGGCUCACGGAGACGGAGACACCGUCACAGGGACACACCUACCUCCUCCCCCCUCCCCGACCCCUUCCCAAACCUCGCAUCUCCAGACCGCCACAUAACUGACCGGCGUGCUGCGACCAGGCGAGAGCGACACAAGGCCAUCCGCCGGCGCGAGACCACGCCUCCAUCAACCCUUCUGACAUCCCUCAACAUAGCUGAUAAUGCACAUCUGGCUAUGUCACACGAGGACACAACUAAGGGGGCUGUGCACUGCUUUCAAGAUGAAUUUGGAAACUGGUUGACGUACACGUUUGAUGACAACAGUGCAGGUGUGGCUGUACCUGCCAUCCAGGCCAUUCCAGAUCCACUGGUGGAAGUCUUGAAUGACCAAUGGGAGACAGGUUCUUCCAGCUCCUCCUCCACUGUCGUCAUCGACAACAAGUCAGAAUCCCAUCUACUGGAUAUUCCCGACAUCCCCGGGUCUGUUGCUCGGCAACAUCGUAACCGCCACAUCCUGUACACAGACAGUAUCACUGAGAGAAAUCAGGAUGAUGAUAACAAUUCCACUCCAGACUCCGAGGGUAUCAGGAAUAUCAUCUGUAUGGAAGAGAAGCCUCCACCCAAGAAGGUCAAGUACAACUACAGGUUCCCACUGUUUCCCUGGAAAACAAUCAAAGUCACAUACGACAGGCUGGCACUGUUGGCACUUCUGGACAGAAAUCGUACCUUACUUGAGAACAUCUCGGCUGUAUUCCUCUCCAUGUUAGUGGGGGUUUUCGGCUCCCUGCUGCUCACGGCAAACUUUUUCCAGGACUUCUGGAUUUUCCUUUUCUGUGUGAUCAUCGCUUCCUGCCAGUACUCAUUACUUAAAAGUGUGCAACCUGACUCAGCAUCUCCCGUCCAUGGCCAUAACAGGAUAAUAGCGUUCAGCCGGCCUGUGUACUUCUGCCUGUGUUGUUCCCUGGUGCUGCUGUUAGACUACACCAGUAAGCAGGCCAGCUUCAGUGUGUACCACCUGUACGGGCUGCCCCUCACUGACCCCAGUCUGCUCAGGUUCGCCAGGGACCUCGUCAUGGUGCUGCUGCUGUGUUUCCCCCUGGUGUUCCUGUUGGGUCUCUUACCGCAGUGCAACACCUUUGCCAUGUACAUUCUGGAGCAGAUUGAGACCCACAUCUUCGGUGGUCACACCACCACCAGCCUGAUGGCAGCGUUCUCCAGCGUCUGCAGGAGCCUGGUGUCUGUUGGACUCGUCUAUGGCUUCUGUUUUGGCGCUUUGAGGGAUGUGGACUUGUCCUCCCAACACGUGCUGUUCUCAGUGUUCUGUGGCCUGUUGGUUGCCAUGGCGUACCACCUGAGCAGGUGCACAUCGGACCUGUCAGUGCUGUGGCAGGUGCUGAGCCGCUGGCUGUUUGCUGAAGAGGAGAACAAGGACCAGGACGAGCUGUCUGACGUGGUGGACCCGCUGCCCGAGAAGCUGCGCCAGUCGGUGGCCUCCAGACUCAAGUCCGACGCCAUCGUGUGCUCCGUCAUCGCCAUGCUGGUGUUCGCCAUCCAUGUCAGCACUGUGUUUACUGUCCUACAGCCAUCGGUGACAAAUGUCCUGCUGAUCGUGGCAGGUGCUGUGGGUGUGCUGACCCACUACAUCAUGCCCCAGUUCAGAAAACAGCUGCCGUGGCUGUGCUUCGCCCACCCGCUCCUCAAGACACACGAGUAUCACCAGUUUGAAGUGCGAGAUUGUGCCCGAGUCAUGUGGUUUGAAAAGCUGUACGUUUGGAUGAGGUUUGUGGAGCGCAACAUCGUGUACCCACUGCUGUUCCUCAGCACACUGACCAAGGAUGCGCCUGUUGUCGUCACCAACUUUGGACCAUAUUUGGGGUCAGCCGUGGUGAGCCUGUGUGGACUGAAGCUGCUCAGAGGCUCCUUCUCCAACACCCUCCACCAGCACGUCAUCCUCAUCUUCACCUACUUCUUCUUCCACUACGACUUUCCUCACGCCUCGGAAUCUUUCCUCAUCGACUACUACUGCAUGUCCAUUCUCUUCAGUAAGCUCUAUGACUUCCUGUUGAAGCUGAGGUUUGUGCUGACCUACAUCGCCCCCUGGCAGAUCACAUGGGGAAGUGCAUUCCAUGCAUUUGCACAGCCUUUCUCAGUACCACAUUCCGCCAUGUUGUUCGUACAAGCCGCAGUGUCUGCAUUCUUCCAGGCUCCCCUGAAUCCGUUCCUGGGCAGUGCAAUAUUCAUCACUUCUUACGCCAGGCCAACCAAGUUCUGGGAAAGGGACUACAAUACAAAAAGAGUGGACCAUUCCAACACAAGACUUUCCACCCAUUUAGAAAGAAAUCCAGGAUCAGACGACAACAACCUGAACUCCAUCUUCUACGAGCACCUGACGCGGUCCCUCCAGCACUCCCUGUGCGGAGACUUGGUGCUGGGUCGCUGGGGGAACGUUGCUGCAGGAGACUGCUUCGUGCUGGCCUCAGACUACCUGAACUGCCUGGUACACGUCAUCGAGAUGGGGAACGGGCUGGCCACCUUCCAGAUGAGGGGGCUGGAGUUCAGGGGCACAUACUGCCAGCAGCGUGAGGUGGAGGCCAUCACAGAGGGAGUGGAUGAGGAUGAAGGCUGUUGCUGCUGUGAACCCGGCCACCUUCCUCACAUGCUGUCAGGCAAUGCUGCCUUCAACCAGCGCUGGCUGGCCUGGGAGGUGACGGCUGUCAAGUAUGUUCUGGAGGGGUACUCCAUAUCAGACAACUCUGCUGCCUCCAUGCUGCAGGUGUUCGACCUCAGGAAGAUCCUCAUCAGCUACUACAUCAAGAGCAUCAUCUACUACGUGGUGCGGUCACCAAAGCUGGAGACGUGGGUGAACAACACAGACAUACAGGAGGCCCUAAAGAUCUGCCUGGACAAGACAUACGCUGACGUAGAUCCGACCUUCAACCACAACAUUGAUGACGACUACGACAUCAGGCUGAACGGGAUCUCUCGCCACUCCUUCUGCAACACCUACCUGCUGUGGAUCCAGCACUGCGCAGGUCGACGUGAGCAGGCGGUGGACAGCAGCAGGGAGUCACCACUGGUCACUCUGUGUUACGGGCUGUGUGUGCUGGGCAGGAGAGCGCUAGGCACGGCCUCACACCACAUGUCAUCUAGCAGCUUGGAGUCCUUUCUGUACGGGCUCCACGCUCUGUUCAAGGGAGACUUCCGCAUCACGUCCCCGAAGGACGAGUGGGUGUUCUGUGACAUGGAGAUGCUGCGCAGGUGUGUGGCCCCGGGAGUUAGGAUGUCACUCAAGCUACAUCAGGACCAUUUCACCUCCCCAGAUGAAUAUGACGACCACCGUGUGCUGUAUGAUGCCAUCACUGGUCAUGAGGAGAACCUGGUCAUUUCCCAUGAAGGAGAUCCAGCCUGGAGAAACGCAGUGCUGACAAACGUGCAGUCUCUACUGGCACUAAGGCAUGUACUUGAUGAUGGCUCUGAUGAAUACAAGAUCAUCAUGUUGAACAAGAGGUACCUGAGCUUCAGAGUCAUUAAGGUGAACCGUGAGUGUGUGCGAGGCUUAUGGGCAGGCCAACAGCAGGAGCUGGUCUUCCUGCGCAACCGUAACCCAGAGAGGGGCUCCAUCCAGAACGCCAAGCAGGCGCUGCGAAACAUGAUCAACUCUUCAUGCGAUCAGCCCAUCGGUUACCCCAUCUACGUGUCGCCCCUGACGACAUCGUACUCCAACACACAUGAGCAGCUCUCGAGCAUCGUCGGUGGAGAGCUGAGCCUCGAAGCCAUCAAGUCCUCCAUCAUCAAAACAUGGAGAAGGUUACGGAAGACAUGUGGAGCAGGGUGUAACAGUGGGGGGACCGGCGUGCAGGACAACAAUGACAACACCAACUGCGGGCAGCAGAAUACAACCUCAGGCUCCACUCCUGCACCACCAGCUACAACCACAAGCACAGGUGGACAUUUCCAUCGACACAGUUCAGGCAGUUCUAACCGCGUGAACGUGGUGAGUGACAGCCAGAGCCAGGCUCCGCCCACCAGCCGGCUCAGCGUCAGCUCCACGUCAGCGUCCACUCUCACCAGUCCCGCAAACAAACAGACAGGAACUCCCUCCAUAGCAACCAUCACCGGCUUCAUCGGAGACCACGGCAGCAAGGAGGCACUCAUGCAGAGGGUGCAGAUCAUUGACGUAGGCCAAGUGUACGACACAGUCAAUGUUGGGCGGAGGCUACAGUGGCCAGAGGAACACAUGAGGCAACAUGGCGGCAAGAGCGUGUGGAAGGACUGGAGCCCGCGGGAGGGGAUGGAAGGGACGGUCGUCCACCGCUGGUUACCCUGUCACCGCGAGGCUGUGCGGCGCUCGCACGUUGACAAGCCGAUCCUACUGGUUAGCAUUGAGGACAAUUUCGUACCCAUUGCUGAGUCAGGGGUACUAGACCUGGGGGCAGAGGUAUAGCCACGGGGGAACGGUACAGUACCA